ACGCAUGUGGGCAAAGUACAUCGCUUUGUUGAUUAAAAUUCAGCGCUCAACUCUUCCUUUUAGAAAAAUCCCGCCACUUCGCGCUUAGACACACGAUGAUAAUGCCACAAGUGACUGUGAGAGGGAAAACUCGAGCUAUUGAGAGACUGAGAGUCAGGGCUUUUUUAUCAACAUUCUCCAAAUGCUUCCAGUACAUGUUAACUCUAUAGCCUGAAACGGUUAAUCUUAUCAAUUGAGAGCGGUGCAGACAUAUAAUCACUCGCCUCACAGCCCGACUCAUCACUCUCAUUUGGAGCUUCGACAUGAACGGAUUCCACAAAGAGGGGCGUAAUCCAUCGGUGUCUACUGCGGCAGCCGCAGGGAGUGACUCCACGGCGGAGAGUGAUGGAUUUCCCAGAAAUAGACGCCUUUUCAAGGACUCCACCGAUGACGUCCUCCGGGAAAUGGCUCUGAAGCGUGUUCAAGAACGUAUUGAGAUUCUCCAGAGUGAGAUUAGUCGCGAUGUGGAUCGCCGAUUGGGCAUCAUGGGUGAACAGCUGAUAAACGAAAUGAAGAGGUUCGAUUUAAACAACACGGAACUGCGGAAUCUGUUCAGGGAUGAGAAGCUCAUGUCCAACCGGAAGCAAACGGAGCAGACUAAUUUGCUGCCAGAGAAGGAGUUCAUGGCUAGGAAUUCUCUACUCACGGACCUAUUCGAGGUAAAACACAUCAAGACGAUCUAUAAUCUCUUCGUCGUAUGCAUGAUUAUCAUGUUCCUCAACACCGUUGUGGGCGAUUUGGUGGCUGAGGGAAGGAUCAACUUAGGACUCUCACCUAUUAAGGUGGGCUUUGGCAGAUUCCAUCUAGCUCUGGUAGUUUGGUCUGGAAUGCAGACCGCAACUUCAGCGUUGUAUUUCUUCUUCAAAUUCUGGGCUCUUGGCCAUAACAAACUCAAGACGAAUGUCCAGCUCCAGAAGAUCUGGAACUAUGCUUCUGUGGUAGGAUUCAGCGGAUACUUAACGCUCUUUGUGACUCUCUCCAUUCGAGGUGUGCUCUAUUUUGACCUUCCUCAAGCCUCAUCCUUGGCGGCUCUUCUGGAAAUGUGUCGCUUCACGAUGAAAGCUCAUGCCUUUGUGAGAUCGAAUGCUCCUAAAGUUCUCACUGGGAAAGUCAAGAGUGAUGAGGAUCUGAAGGACGCACCGUCAGUUCUUCCCUCCUUCAAGACUUUCCAGUACUUCUUGUUCUGCCCAACACUCGUCUAUCGUGACUCUUACCCGAGAACUAAAGAGAUCCGCUGGAGAGUGGCUUUCUUCCACUUCUUGGACGUCUUCGGCGUGAUUCUGUUCCUGAGCUUCAUCUUUGAGCGCCAUCUUCUGCCUAAUUUCAACCAAUUCGGCGAGUCGGAAGUCGAACUCAGCAAGCUGGUGCUCUCCAUAUUUGGCUCCAUGAUGCCCAGCGCCAUCAUCUUCAUUCUGGGCUUCUACUGCCUCCUCCACGCCUGGCUCAACGGCGCAGCCGAGCUCCUGCGCUUCGGCGAUCGCAUGUUCUACCAAGACUGGUGGAACUCCACAUCCUUCUCCAUGUACUACAGGAAGUGGAACGUAGUGGUGCACGAUUGGCUGUACACAUACAUCUACAAAGACCUCUACGAGAAUGUGUUCAGAGGAAACAGAGCCGCCGCCACAACUGCAGUCUUUGUGAUUUCUGCAAUUUUCCACGAAAUCGCUCUCAUCUUUGCCUUCAGAUUUUUCUACCCCGUCCUGUUUAUCUCAUUCGCCGGCCUUGGCACUAUUCUCAUGAUUGUUGGCCAGAAGUACCCAAAGGCCUUCGGGAACAUACUCAUGUGGCUCGCACUGUUCAUCGGCAACGGCAUCAAUUACAGCUUGUACACGAUGGAGAGCUAUGCCAGACGAAACUGCGAAUAUGAGGACACAACGCGGAAUUUCUUCAUUCCCAUUUCUUGGUCCUGCAACGGCGUUAAACUAGAUCCAAACUGGAAGAUUCAAAAUCCAUUCUUGUAA